GUGAUUUGUCGCUAACAUACGUAGUAUCCACUAAGUAGUCUGUGGUCGCUAACUCGCUACGCUAAAUAGUGGGAGGUACCGAUAACGAGAAACUAAUUUUUAGCAGAAUUCAUUGGAAGUUGCCAAAAUAGGAAAAAAACUAAUUUUUAAUAAGAAGACACUAAAUUUAUGAUAUAUUACAUAUUCAUUAAAUAUUUUGAGAUAGAGAACUGAUUUUAUAAAAUACAACUUCUAUAGAACAUAAUGUUAGUCCUUGUCCUCGGUGAUUUACACAUUCCACAUAGAUGCAGCAGUUUACCACCAAAAUUCAAGAAGCUGCUCCUACCUGGACGUAUUCAGCACAUAUUAUGCACUGGCAAUCUUUGUACCAAGGAGUCGUAUGAUUAUCUCAAAACAUUAGCUAGUGAUGUCCACGUAGUGAGGGGAGAUUUUGAUGAGAAUUCUACAUACCCAGAACAGAAAGUGAUAACGGUGGGUCAGUUCCGGAUUGGCUUGAUCCAUGGCCAUCAGGUAGUGCCAUGGGGAGACGAAGAGUCACUGGCCUUAGUGCAAAGGCAGCUUGACGUCGACAUUUUGAUAUCUGGCCACACGCACCGAUUUGAAGCUUAUGAGCACGAAAACAAGUUUUAUAUCAACCCUGGUUCAGCGACCGGAGCCUAUAGUCCACUUUUCAGAAAUCCAACACCCUCCUUCGUGCUUAUGGAUAUUCAGAGUGCGACAGUUGUCACAUACGUAUAUAAACUAUUAGGCGACGAUGUUAAAGUAGAAAGAAUUGAAUAUAAAAAAGCAUAGUAUCUAUAAAUGUGUUGUUAAUUUAAUAUAUUGUAAUACAUUAUAUGAUAAGUUACACGAAAAGCAUCAAUGUAAAUAAAUUAAAGAGGGCGAUUUUCUUUGUUUUACAUUUGAUAAUUCAUUGUUGCCAGUGUGCGUUACAGAUAAAAAAUAUUUGUAUAGAUUGUAAUAUCUAUGUUAAAAUGAUACAUAAAUGUCAAGUUGGUUUUGAGGUGGGCUCUUGAAGCCAGAGGAAGCAUUUGCUUAAAAGUUUACUCAAUUUCUAAAACGUUUUAAAUAAAUAUGAUUCCAUGUUUUGUAAAUUAAAUUUAUGUUAGACAAUUAUGUAAUUAAUAUGUAUUUGAUUUAUUUUAUGUGAAACUAUAUAUAGCAUGUAUCUUAAUGAUAUUGUAAGCAAUGUUAUACACAAAUUGUAAAGGAUUUUAUAGUAAAAAAUAUGUAAUAUUUUGAUUUUUUUUUAGUUUUUCUUAAUAUAAAUAAAAAUAGAUUUCAUUUUUAUUCUUAAUUCAGAGAUUACCCAUCUGUUAUUAUAUUAAUAACCACAAACUAUAAUAGUGAACACCUAAAUAUAAAAGAUUUUGUGUUGUG